AUGGCUCCACGAAACCAUGAACGGGCUGACGAAUAUGGCGUGCCGCUUCCCAUCGAUGUCGCAGCAUCGAGCGACGGUUCAACAUUUCAGGCCAGUGACCCUGGAUCCUCCAAUACAGAGGUCGGCUAUUUCGCGCAGCGUGGCAUAGUAGCUGGUCCCAGCGACGACUUCAACUCUCUAUUCAAGCGCUUAGCCAUUCAGGAAGGCAUGUCGAAGACUCAGCGUAGGAAGCGUCGCAACCAAGCUAUUGCUGCCGAAAUGGACGCCGCCUAUGGCACCGACGUAACGAAGCUCGAGAAGUGGCAGGAGCUGUGUCGCGAUGUUAAGAUUGAGCCGGUCCCGCAGUCUAUCACACAGUGCAAAAAGGCUCUCAGCAAGGUCUGGAUCAACCUUGUAAACUUGAUCGACCAUCGCCGCAAUCGCAAUGUUCAGCUCAUUAUCUUUCCGGGCUACAAGCAAUUUUGCAAGUACACGAUUGGUGAUGGUAAAGCCUACGACCACAUCUUCCCAAAGGAGUUAGCAAAGAAGGAGGGUUUCAUCAGGGCUCUGCUGCGGAAAUUGCCUCAAGGAUACUGA